AUGGCUCCAAGUGUUCCUCCCAGUUCCAGACCAAGCUCCAUCCCAAGUUUUUCUCCUAGUUCCGAUCCUAGUGCUGUCCCGACCGCCACACCAACAGAGCCACCUACGAUGCCUCCAACCCAACAGCCUACGUACCCUCCAAUCAACAGUAAGUCGGAUCUGGAAGCAGCAAUUACCACUUGGUCAAGCACAGGAUCAUCAAUCUAUGGCCCCAUCGGGAACUGGAAUGUCUCCCAAGUGAAUAAUUUCUAUGGUCUGUUCUUGGGCAAUUCAGCCUUUAAUGAUGAUAUUUCAGGAUGGCAAACAUCGCAGGUCACGGAUAUGUCAUAUAUGUUUUAUGGUGCAAGAGGUUUUAACCAAGAUUUGGCAACUUGGGAUGUGAGCCGUGUCACGACCAUGUUGGGAAUGUUUCAUGAUGCAAGAGCUUUUAACCAAGAUUUGGCAACUUGGGAUGUGAGCAGUGUCACCUCCACAUAUUCGAUGUUUGCUUAUACACAAGCUUUUAAACAAGAUUUAGCAACUUGGGAUGUGAGCCGUGUUUUGGACAUGUCGUUUAUGUUUCAUAAUGCACCAGGUUUUAACCAAGAUUUAGCAACUUGGGAUGUGAGCCGUGUUACCAAUAUGGGGCAAAUGUUUUAUAACGCACAAGCUUUUGACAAAGAUUUGUCAAAUUGGGAUGUGAGCCGUGUCACCACCAUGAUUGAAAUGUUUUUUGGUGCACAAGCUUUCAACCAAGACUUGUCAAAUUGGGAUGUCAGCGGUGUCUUCUGGUUUCGGCAGAUGUUUAAUGGAGCAUCUGCCUAUAAUACAAAUCUAUGUGCUUGGUCGGACAAAAUACAAACUCAUGACAUGGGAAGCAUGUUCUCUGGGACUGGCUGCCCAGAGCAAGCAUCUCCAAGCUUCAUUGCACCCAAUUUGGUGAGCCCAUUGUGUAACGUUUGUAGCAUUUCGUGCUGUCCCGACCACCACACCAACAGAACCACCUACGAUGUCUCCAACAGAACCUCCAACGGUUCCACCAACGGAACCACCAACGAUGCCUCCAACAGAACCGCCGACAAACCCACCGACGGAACUGCCUACGAUGCUUCCAACCCAACAGCUUACGUACCUUCCAAUCAAUAG